AUGCUUACUUGUGCUUCGCUACCUUACGAUCUGAACUCUGAGGAGGAGGAGCCAACGUCGCAACGUUACAUUGUGCGGAUUCAACUGUCUGAAUCCGCCAAUGAUACUUUUGCCCCUAGAUGGCUGAACCUGCGGGAGCUGGGUCCUUGGGCCUCCCACAUGCGCUGGAUCAUCUGGAUCAUGGCCUCCGGCGGGACGCUCUACGUCUUCUUCUUCCACGAACGGUACAAGUUGGUGGAGCUGCUUUGUUAUCUGAUAAUGGGUUUUUUCCCCGCUUUGGUCAUUCUCUCCAUGCCCAACACGGAUGGUCUGGUGGAGCUGGUGGCUGGUGGCAUCUUCUACUGCUUCGGUACGGUCUUCUUCAAGAGUGAUGGGCGCAUCCCCUUCGCCCAUGCCAUCUGGCAUCUCUUUGUGGCGUUCGGAGCUGGCACUCAUUACUACGCUAUUUGGAGGUACCUCUAUCGUCCGGAUGCUCUCAAUUCUCACAUCUCCAGGUAG